AUGGGGGCUGCGGGCGGGGGUCUCCGUGUCCGACCAGCCUCCAGGCCGGGCUUCCAGGCUUCCCGCGGGGAGGAGGGGACAGCUAAGCGGUCUGGGUCCCCUCGAGCCCCUGUCUCCCUCCCGGAGGACAAACCCUAUGGCAGUCAGGUUCUGUGGGUUGCUGCAUCCCUGCCCUUUCUCACUUUUCCGACACGGGCGCUCACAAUUUGCUCGCUUUAUUUCUCUCCUUUGCCCCCGCGAGCUCCCACGGCGGCGGACGCGCCGCCCGCUCUGGUCUCCCUCCCAGCCCGACUGUCCCUGCGGAUCGGCUCCGGCGCUCGGCCCCGGCGCUCGGCCCGGGCUUUGCCGCGGGGUCUAAGCCCUCCCGCCCUGGGCACAGCUGGUGGGCCGCGAGAACGAAGCCUGCCUGGCGGGGACGCUCGGUUUUCCGCGCCCACUUUCCUUUCACGGCCUGUUGGGAUAUGUAGUUCUUCCUCUCGCGGUCCGGCUCCGAAAGGAAAUGCGACUAGGGGACCAAAAAACUACAAAUCCCUGCAUCCUCCGCGACGAGGGCGGGAGAGGAGCGGUGCUGAGUGUUCUGAUGUUCUUUGGUUGGAGAUGGAAACCAACAAAGAGAAUGGUGGGGGACGGCUGCGUCUUUUCUGUGAUGGGCACAUCACACAUUACACACGUUCUUUAUCUAAUCCUCACGACAACCCUGCGAGGCACUAUUGAAUCCAGCUUAGAGAACGCUCAACUACUUGCCAGAGAUCACAAAGAGCCCGGGUGGUAGAGAUGGGAUUGAACUCAGAGCCGUGA